AUGCCCAAGCAUCUCUUGUCAGAGCGCCCUGCCUGCGACGAAUGCAAGCAGCGGCGAAGGCGCUGCAUGCACAGAGCGGCGCCCGUUGACAAGAGAUCAGGCAAACGGUCCGUUGCCUGCGACGACUGCAAGAAGCGACACAACCGAUGUGAGCAUGUGGAGGAGCUCAUCGACACAUCGGCGUCGUGCGACGGACCGUUUGCUAGUUCACCACCGGCCAGUCAGGUGGCAUCAGGCUCGCCCGAAAAGACACAAGGCAUGGAGUUUGGUGCACCCAUGUACCACUACUACACUCGCCGCAGCACAAAGGCCAAGGAGCCCAUCCAAUACCAACCCCAAUCCAUCGCAGUCACAGUUGCAAAAGCCAAGGAGCCCACUAAAUACCGACCCCAACCUGCCGCGGUCACAGUCGCAAAGGCCACCCCCACCAAGGCCACAAGAUCUUCCCCUCUCAGCUCCCCUCCCAGCUCACCGUCCACCCAUCUCUAUUCCACGCCGCCGGCUCAACUCCCCUCAUCAUCAUCAGCCGGCCACGCCUUCCCGCCCUUCCCCUCUGAGUCCGCACGCUCACUCCCGCACUUCUACACUGGCACCACCAUAGCCUUGGAGAACAUCAUGGGCGAUCACAAAGACGACCCUGAACUCAGCUUGCUUCAGUUAAUCAAAGAACUGGACGAUAAUGCCCCCACUGUCAAAGAUGGGGUUCAUCAAGUCAUUCUGAGGGGGAACAAGUGGGUCUAUCGGGUACUCCGGGAGUUGGUGGCUGAGAAUGAGGACGAGGAAGAAGAUCAAAACGAUGAGUGGAUUGAUGAAGACAGCGAUGAGCAGAUGGAUGAAGACAGCAAUGAGGGUGCUGACGUCGAGAUGUGUGUUACAUAUUUGUCAUGGUGGGUUGAGUCAGAGAGGGUAAGGUUGUGUCUUUGA